GUACGCUUAAAAUGGUGGCCUGUCAAAGUUGCAGCACGUAUCUAGGGCGGGGAGAUUAGUGUUCGGUACGAUCUCGAUUUCGUGUGAAAAAAUUAAUCGUAUAUUCGCGAUUUGUUUUCGAUUCCCUUAAUCGGUUGAAUUGACAUUUAACGAAGACAAUGCGUUUCUGGUAGUUGGCCUUGAGAAUUUAAUAAGUGCAAGUGUGUGUGCAAGAUCGUAACUAAAGGUUACAAUCCGUCAUGAAUGGAGUGAACUAAGUGGAUGAGAAAGGUCCAAUAAUGCGUUCGACACCCGUGAAAUCCAAUAAAAAAACAAUGAAGACCGGCAACAAAAAGCCGGUCGCCUAUAAAAACAAAAAGUUGGCAGGCAUUAAAUCUCCGAUUCGCGAUACAAUUUCUGAAACUAUAUCGUUCGUCAUCAAAGGAAAAUUGACGCCAAUGAAACCUAUUCUCAUAGAAAAUAGGAUAGAUUUAACGGCCAAAGGUAACAAAAAACCUCAAAAGUGCGGUAGAGUCGUGAAGAAAAGGAAUCAAGUAAGGAUAAAAUCAGAUAUAAAAACAAUUAAGAAGGUGCAAGAGGAAAUUCCCCAGAUCAAAACUCGAGUCCAAAUGAAAACUGCCAAAAAACCAAGUGCCCUGAGUAGUUGUAAGAGAAAUACGGAUAAAAAAUCAGAGAAAAUGUCAGUGAAUGAGAUUUCUCGAACACCAAAGAAAAGCACCAAAUCUACAAAGGCAGUUCUUUCUAUGGCGAAGAAAUCUGCCAGGACCAAAGUUGAGAAAAUGAAAAACACAAAAAAGAUUAGAGCUAAGAAGAAUCAAAAGCCACCAGCUAAAAGAGUUCAGCGACAAACUAACGCAGGAGUACAUCCCUUUCUGUCACCUGAAAAUGAAGACGAAGACGAAAUAAAAAAACAACAAACAAUAGAACAGUUACUGAAAGAGGUGAAUGAGGAGAUGAAACCCAAAACUUCCUCCAAACUCAAAUGUAACAAAAAUAAAAUCAGGGCCAAAACCAAGCAACAAACUCUACCAGACAAAAUGAAAAAAUCUUCCAUUUCCAAUGAAACGAAUAACGAUUCGAAAAAAACUGAUUACAAUAUAGCUCCUUCUGUCGAAAAAGCCAUAAAAGUAGAGGUGGUCGAUUCUCCCGGGGAAUUAUCAGAUGAAAUUCCAUUGAAGAUGUUGUCCGAGUUGAAGACUUCCUGUAUGCCAGUUGAAAAUAUCAAGAGUGAACCUUUAUCAGAUAUAGAACCAUGCUCUCCCCCCACCGUCAAGAAAAAACAGUAUCGCAAACUCAAAACACAACCAAAAGUAACCUUAAUCAAGAAACGCGUCAUUUCCUCCAAAGAUAAGGUCUCAAAAGAAGAGCAGAGAAGGAAAACCAAACUGUUCAGGUUUUGGAAUGGACCCAAAAGACACAGGGUUGCCUCUUUGAACGCUCUUGCCAAGGUGCACUGCCUUUACGAAAAUGAGACCAGGGGAAAUAUGUUGGAUAUUAUUGAUGAGUCUUCGAAACUAGCAUAUGCACCAAAAAGGGACCAAGCGAAGUGCAAGGUACCGAAAAUCAAAAAAGAAACCCAUGACGAUGACUUGGAGAACACUCCAUCACCCCCUUCUACGAGAACGUUGCGAUCUGUUCCAGGACUGCGCGCUGUUGGGAAACACUGGGACAUGCACGAUACAACGUCUAGUUCUGAAGACGAGGAGAGUAACAGGUUGGAGGUGUGUCCUGUGAAAGCGGUGAAGAAGGAGAAAGCUCCUAAACAAAAGCCAGAGAAGGUUAAAGCACCUAAGGAAAAACCACGUAGAAAAAAUGAGGUGGUGAUGGAUCUCAAGGACAUGGUAGUAUGCAAGCGUAUGGCUAGUCUGAACGCCAGCGCUAUUUUAGCUGCAAGCUACUCUCCGGAAAAACGCCCUUCCAAGUCAUCGAGAGACUUCGAUGACUCUUCUUCUUACGCGAGUGCUUCCUCGGAAGAAUAUUUUGCCGCUUCCGAUAACGAAAUCAAAGAAGGCGUUGUUAAAAAGGAGGUGGGGGAGGAUGAGGAGGACGGUAAAGUGUUGGAAGUGCAUACUCCGAAUAACAAAGUGGCCGUUAUUCUCAAUCAAGAUACAGACGUAACAAUCACGGGGGUCUAUGUUAAUAGUACCACGCGGUCCACUCACCACGAAGGUUACUGCAGCAUCGCAGGAAUGCAGUACAGAAUUUCAGCUACAAGUCAUACGCAGACCGCCGCUACUGCUGUCGCUACUGAGACGCUUUUGCAAUCGUCAUCAAGUAGCGCCCCGGACAAUAGCAAUAGUGACUCAAUGCCUUCUUCUAAAUCUUACACUCCUCUUGACGCCUUGUCCAAUAUGCAACCUCCACCAGGACCAGGCAUCCAGCACAAUCAUCCUGUAGUUCACGGCCAGCAGCCUAUGGGUCCUCCUCAGCAUGUUCAUCCAAUGCCUCCUCAUCAGAUGUCACCAGGGCUUCGUCAUAGUUGCUCCAGUGCAUUUUCUUCUCCUCUCUCUACACCAAACUAUCAGAUUCCACCAGGACAUCAUCCACCAAUACAAGGAGAACCAGGAUUUAUUCACGUUUAAUUAUUUGAUAAGGAAAAGAUUCAUCAAAAAUGUUUUUUAUUUGGGAAUAUAAAACAGAAAGGGGUUGAUUUUGCACUUCUAAUAUAAAAUUCCAAUCAGCAUGAAGACAUCCGUGGUAGAAUCUAUCAUAAUUCCGAGAGUUGAAGAGUCGUCUUUGAACUUGACUUGAAUUUCCUAGUUUUCAUAACUGAGUCAAUCAAUAUUGUGACAUGAACCGCCUCGUGGUCGGAGAAACCAGGUGAAUCUACCGAACACUGGAUUUUAUCAUUAUCUAAAUUGCUACAUACAUAGUCAAUGAUCGAAUGACUAUUCUGAGUUAUGUGGGUUCCUUAGAAGACUAUGAGAGCGAGAGAGACAGAGAGAGAUUGAGGGAGAAUUCUCAAACCUCUUCCUAUAUUUGACUGGAUUUAACCUGUAAUCUUUUUUGUCGUUACCUCCUGUAAUAUCAUUGCAGAACUGAAUA